AUGUUUCAAACUUCUAGUCCUGAUCAUGACUUCUUUGUUCGCCGAUGUAUAUGGGUGAACGGACCUGUCAUAGUUGGGGCUGGCCCUUCAGGUCUAGCUGUUGGUGCUGGCCUUCAAAGACAAGGGGUGCCAUUCGUUAUACUCGAACGAGCAAACUGCAUUGCCUCUCUCUGGCAAAACCGCACCUACGAUCGCCUCAAGCUUCACCUCCCUAAACAAUUCUGUCAACUACCGAACCUCCCAUUCCCAGACGACUUCCCUGAAUAUCCUACCAAAUAUCAGUUCGUUAACUAUCUUGAAUCUUAUGCCAAGCACUUCAAUAUAAAUCCACAUUUCAAUGAGACUGUGCAGUCUGCAAAGUAUGAUGAGACUUUUGGCUUGUGGCGAGUUAAAACCAUUUCAACAAGCAGUUCAGAUAUUCCUAGUGAAGUCGAGUACAUUUGUAGAUGGCUUGUGGUGGCCACUGGGGAGAAUGCAGAGAAAGUUCUGCCAGAGUUUGAAGGCUUGCAGGACUUCGGUGGCCAUGUUAUGCAUGUUUCUGACUACAAAUGCGGUGAAAGUUAUCGUGGAAAGCGUGUGCUAGUUGUUGGCUGCGGCAAUUCAGGCAUGGAGGCCUCUCUUGAUCUCUGCAACCAUAACGCAAGCCCAUCAAUGGUUGUUCGCAGCUCGGUUCAUGUCUUGCCUAGGGAAGUUCUUGGGAGAUCAACAUUUGAGUUGGCAGUAACAAUGAUGAAAUGGCUGCCACUUUGGAUGGUCGAUAAAAUAUUAUUACUUCUUACCUGGCUAAUCCUCGGAAAAUUUGAAAAACAUGGUCUGAAAAGGCCAUGUUUAGGACCUUUACAGCUCAAGGAUACUCAAGGUAAAACCCCAGUAUUGGACAUUGGUGCACUAGAAAAAAUAAGAUCUGGUAAGAUCAAGGUUGUCCCUGGAAUCAAGAAAUUCUGCAGUGGCAAAGUAGAGCUUGUUAAUGGUGAAAUUCUUGAGAUUGAUUCUGUAAUUCUGGCAACUGGGUAUCGCAGCAAUGUACCUUCAUGGCUAAAGGAGAGUGAAUUUUUUACUGAAGAUGGGAUUCCUAAAAAUCCGUUCCCUAAUGGAUGGAAAGGCAAUGCUGGGCUUUAUGCAGUUGGGUUCACAAAGAGAGGCCUAUCUGGGGCAUCUCUAGACGCUGUGAGUGCAGCACUUGACAUUGCCAAAAGCUGGAAAGAAGAAACCAAGCAGAAAAGGAAAACUGUGGCAGUUCGCCAUAGGAGGUGCAUUUCACAUUUCUGA